GCGGCCAAUCAGGUAUGAGAGAGUUGCUUCAGGACCCGUGGGUCUGCAAGUGGACCUGUCAGAAGCGCUCCAACUCACUGGCAGGGAGAAGGUAACUUGAAGAUGUCACACACCGGGCCACAAAAGAGUAGCUCUUUGAUGCUGGUGCUGAUGGUUGCUUCAGCUGCCAUUGGAGGCACACUUCAGUACGGAUACAACCUGGCCAUCAUUAAUGCUCCAACGACUUUCAUUCAGACCUUCAUCAACGAGACCUUUGUGGAGCGCUGGGCCAUCCAGCUGCAGGACUACCAGGUGACUCUGAUCUGGACCAUUAUCGUCUCCAUCUUCUCGUUAGGCGGCUUAGUGGGGGCUCUCAUUGCCGGACCCAUGUCCAUUCGCUUUGGGAGGAAAAAAUGCCUGCUGCUCAACAAUAUCUUCCUCCUAAGUGGCGCUCUAUUGGCUUUGACAAGUCGUGCCGCCGGGUCGUUUGAAAUGAUCAUCCUAUCACGUGUCCUUAUUGGAAUAAAUGCAGGAAUCAGCAUGAACGUGCAGCCGAUGUAUUUUGGGGAGAGUGCACCAAAGCACUUGAGAGGGGCCGUGGCUUUGUCCUCUGCGGUUUUCACAGCCUUUGGUGUGGUGCUUGCACAAGUGGUGGGACUCAGAGAGAUUCUGGGCAGCGAGUCAUGUUGGCAGUAUCUUCUUGCCAGUAACGCCCUUCCUGGCUUGAUUCAGCUCCUGACCCUGCCGUGGUUCCCAGAAAGCCCCAGAUACUUACUCAUAGACCAGGGGGACAAGGAGGCUUGCGUCAAGGCUCUGCGGCGACUGCGUGGCUGUGAAGUCCAGAGCAGCGAGCUGGCCGAGAUCCUGCAAGAACAGGCCGAAACCAAGGGCCUGAGGCCCAGUCGUCCCUGGGAGCUCUUCGGUGACCGCGCGGUGCGCUGGCAGCUCAUCACCGUCAUGGUCGUCAGCAGCGCUAUGCAGCUGUGCGGCAAUGACUCGAUCUACUUCUAUGCGUCGUACGUCUUUAAAGAGGCAGGAAUAUCUGAUGGCCAAAUCCAAUAUAUCACAAUCGGCACGGGCAUGUGUGAAUUCACAGCCUGCAUCAUGUGUAACCUGCUGAUCGAGCGCAAAGGUCGCAGGUUCCUGCUGAUGGGAGGCUUCAUCCUCAUGACCGUGUGGGCGAUUGUCUUCACCAUCGCGCUGUCUUUCGAGCACCUGGUAUCCUGGAUGCCUUACCUGAGCAUGGCCUGCAUCUUCACUUACAUCCUCAGCUUUGGCAUGGGUCCAGCGGGUGUGACAGGACUUCUUCCCACUGAAGUGUUCAAUCAAACGGCUCGGCCGGCGGCGUACAUGAUGGCUGGCUCCAUGAUGUGGAUCAACCUCUUCAUCGUUGGAAUGAUCUUUCCGUUUCUCGUGAGUGAGAUGCGCCAGUAUUGUUUCGUGCCUUUCGCAGCCGUGUGCCUGCUCUCCGCGCUGUAUGUCGGCCUGGUUCUGCCGGAGACCAAGGGCAAGUCUUUGUCGGCCAUCACCGCUGAGUUCCACAAGCUCAACUUCAAGAACCAGGAAAGCAAGGGUCAUGGUCAAAGUCAGUAUCAGGCGGGCCAAGUGUGUGCGUCCACGGCCUUGUAGACACCUUCCAUCUUCUUUGACAACACAAGAUGAUAUAAUGUAGCAUUCAUAUGUUAGAGUCAAGCUGCGCAUGCGUGCGAGUGUGCGUGUGAAUGAGAACACAUGUGUAUGAGAGUUAAAUAUUUGUAGGUAUUCAUUGUUAUCCAAUAAAUAUUCUAUUGUA